UUCAGUUUGAUACAGCGUGAAAAGUUAUAUUUUACAAACAAUAAAUGGAUUCGUUGGUUGUUGUAGCCAUUGAUUUCGGCACAACAUACUCGGGAUGGGCGUUUUCAUUCCGACACGACUAUGAGAGAGAUCCUACAAAAGUUUCUGCGAAGAACUGGGAAGGAGGAACGCUUGUCUCUCAGAAAGGUCCGACAUGCAUUUUGAUUAAGCCCGAUGGAAAAACUGCAGACUCGUUUGGCUAUGAUGCAGAAAGUAAAUAUGCUGAAAAAGCCGAGGAAAAUGAACAAGACCAAUGGUUCUUCUUUAAAAGAUUUAAAAUGCUGCUUUUUAAGGACCAGGGGAUGACAAGAAGUGCUACACUUGAAGAUGAAAGUGGAAAGAAACUUCCAGCCAUGACAGUAUUUUCACUAUCUAUUGAUUACCUCAAAAAGGAUGUUUUAGACACAUUGAGCAAACAAGUUGACACAAGUCUCGAGGUUCAUGAUAUACAUUGGGUACUUACUGUCCCAGCAAUAUGGAAUGACGCGGCAAAACAGUUCAUGAGGGAAGCAGCACAGAAGGCUGGAAUACUAGGGAAGAGCCUUACCAUUUGUCUUGAGCCAGAAGCCGCUUCUAUUUAUUGUCGCCAUCUUCAGGUGUCGAAAUCGCCGGCUGCAGGAGAAAAGUCAUCGUUAGCACAGUUUUCGUCUGGUACAAAGUAUCUGGUGCUUGACGCUGGAGGUGGAACUGUUGACAUCACUGUACAUGAAGUCACUACAAGUGGUGAGUUAAAGGAACUACACAAGGCAAGUGGAGGGGCGUGGGGUGGAAUUCAAGUAGACAAAGCUUAUGAAGCGUUCAUUUCCAGUAUCAUAGGUAGACAUGUAAUACUGCAAUUCAAGAAGCGGCAUAUGGAUGACUACAUUGAAAUAUUCCGGGAGUUUGAAAUAAAAAAGCGUAAAAUUUCCCCAUCUAAACAAGAUAAAAUUACGUUCCGAAUUCCCGCCAGCCUUUCUGCUCUUUGCUGCGAAAUGACUGGAAAAGACUUGAAAACCUCGAUUUUACAGUCACGUUUCAGUGGAAAAAUUAGAGUAUCGACCGAUAAAUUUAGGGUAGAUGCAGAUGUUGUCUGGGAAUUCUUUCAUCCAGCUCUGAAGAGCAUUAUCGAUCAUGUUGUCUCUUUACUGAAAGAGCCUUCAGUCCUCGGAUGCGUUGCUAUUCUAAUGGUCGGAGGGUUCUCCGCAUCACCAAUGCUACAAGAGAGAGUGCGAACGGAAUUUUCAAAACUCAGAGUAAUUGUUCCAGAUGACGCUGGCUUAGCGGUCCUAAAAGGAGCUGUCAUCUUCGGCCACGAACCCACUGCAAUUAAUGAACGGAUCAUUAAGUACACAUAUGGAACCGGCUGCACCCACAAGUACGACAAAUGUUGCCAACAUCCAACCGGAAGAGUUGAACGUAAUACACAUGGACAACUAGUGUGUUAUGAUAUUUUUGAUAUACAUGCUUCUGCGGGUCAGUCUGUGAAACUCCAUGAAGAACAGCCAGAAGAGAUUUAUUCACCGUCUGAAGACAACCAAGAUGCUGUUGGGUUCGGGAUAUAUUCAUCACCAUCAACACAUCCUUACUUCACUUUUGAAAACGACUGCAAACAAAUUGGCUACUUCUCUAUUCCUAUUGCAGAUAAAUCUUUAGGACGGAACCGGAGUUUUGGUUGUACUUUCAUUUUUGGUGGAACUGAAAUAUGCGUUAAGGUCGUUGACAAAGAAAACGGUGAAGUAACUUAUGAAGCAAUUAAUUUUCUUGGAUGAUAGAUACUGUCGUACCUUGCCGUUUAAAAGCGAAAAAGACAAUUGCUUUAUCUUGAAAUGUUAUAUGUUGAAUACUGAUAUUAAGAAACAGUAACUGUCGAUCUUGUGCAUUUACAGUAGUAUGACCUAUUUGGUUUUUUAU